AUGUUAAUGUGUCGAGUUUGCUUAGCAACUAAAGACAGUGACAAUAUAACCGAUUCAUCGUGCUUUACUAGACUUUUCAUUCAAAUCUUGGGCUUAAAAGACUUCAAUGAAAUCCUAUACCUUUGCAUGUGGUGUAGAGCUGUGUUAAGAAGAACUAUGUCCAUCCAGAAUAUAGCUUUGGAAUCACAAGAAAUAUUACAGACUCAGAUCACAACCGAUUAUCCCAAAAACCAAAAAAGGACACAUACACUAAAAACUAUAGAAAAUUAUCAAAUAGACAUACCACCAACACAACAUACUACAAAUACAGAUAAACAAGAAUAUGAAUUAACAAUAUAUUCGUCAAAAGAUACCAAAAAUAAUGAACAUAACGAAACACAAUUCGAAUUCCACGAAAUAAUUGACUAUUCAAAAGAUUCCAUUUUUGAAAAUGAAUUGACAGUUGCAAAAUUAAGAAAACAAGAUGUAGAUUAUAAAGAUUAUAAUUUCGAAGUCAUAUUUUUGGAUGCAAAUGAUCAGUUAGAGGAAAUUAAGUUAAAUAAAUUGAAAUAUAAAGAUUUUGAAUUCCAAUGUGAUGAUUGUGGAAUUGGAUUUUUGACUAAAGACGUUUUGGACGAACAUACGAUUAGACAUACUAAGCUCUCAGGCCCAUACAAAUGUGUACUCUGCUCCCUACACUUUAAAUCUCAAGAUGUGCUAUCCCAGCACAGACUGUCUCAUAGACGAAAAUUUAAAUGUUUACUCUGUUCAUACGCCUGCAAACGUUGGGCCCAAUGUUUGUCACAUAGGACCAAAUGUGGUGGUAUUAUGGAGCCAACCAUAUGUGGAGAAUGUUCUAAGAUAUUCAACAACGAACAUUCGCUGAAAAUCCACAUGAAAAUACAUAAGACUGAGAAGAAAUAUUGUUGUGCUGAAUGUGAUAAGAAAUUCAUGAGUAAACACCAUUUGAUAGUACACGUCAGAUCACAUUCCGGUAUAAAGCCGUUCUCCUGUACACAAUGCGGUCGCUCAUUCGCCACGAGAUCGAACCUGCGCGCUCACAGUGCAGUGCAUGCACAGUACUCACAGCACUACUGCGUCGAGUGCCACAUUUAUUAUAAGUCUGAAAAGAGCUUGAAACGACAUUUUAAGGAAUCGGCGAAACAUGCGAGAGUGGGGAAUAAACUAUAUCCAUGUAAAGAAUGCUCAAAAGAGUUUUCAAGUGAAAAGCUACUGACGUCGCAUAUAAAUACACGACACGAUACAGAAUACAAGUGUCAACAAUGUGAUAAGACAUUCUCCAAUAAUUCCAACUUGAAGAAACAUGUCAGAUGCAUUCAUGUUAUGACAAAGUAA